AUGAAUCCGUAUUGCUCUAUGCAUAAAGAAGAUAUUAUAAACUUUUGUGUAGAUCCCAAUUGUCAAACUAGAUGUAUAUGCAAGUUAUGUAGACAUGAACAUGAGACAGUUCCUAUAUCAUAUCUAGUGGAUAAUGUUUUUGUAAAAGAAUCUCUUAGUAUUGUAACCCUAUUCAAAGCCAUCAUACAAAAGUUGGUUAAUUCUAUUGAGAAUGACUUAACAACCUAAUUAUAGGAAAUAAAGUAUGAGAAACCUCCUAAUGAAAUUUCCCAAUUAAGUGCUUUCCUAAAGAAAAAAUAUUAGAUUUUUUAGGUUCUCAGAGAUUCCAUCUCUUCAAAAUUACAAAGGGUUAUUGAUGCUAUCAAAUCACCUGUUGAUUCUUCAAAACCGCAAUUUCCUUCAUCCUUAAAUAGUCUUCCUUUUCUAGAUAAGGAUGUAAAUAAAUAAUCACCACAAACCCUAAAGAAAUUAAAGUCAGAAGAAUACAUAAGAGUUGCAAGUCCUGAGAAGAUAGAAAACGCGCUUAUGUUAGACAAAUUAGAAAUCUAAAGGCUCAAAACAUUUAAUGAGGAAAAUUGGCCAUGGAGAUUAGAAUAAGGCUCUUAAUUUGUGGCCAUCUUCUCAGCACUUAGAAACUUCAAAUUGCUGGGUUUUAAAUAGCCUAUAUUAUUUUGUUCGAAUGUACACAAUCAUUAAAAAAAACCUAUUAAUUUUAACUUUGCCCUCUAUCAUAAAAAGAACCUAUUGAAAAAGGCCAUUUACAUGGAAAGUAGAACUUUAAAGCAUUAUAAUGAAAAAGUGAUUGAUAGGUGUUAUGACAUAGUGUUCAAGAUUCCUCAAAGAAUUUAAGCUGGAAAGGAGUACUCUUUGGUGAUAUGGAGUAGUUCUGGAUUUUAUAGUCAUUAUUAUAGUCUUCCUGCUUCUCCAAACGAUUUCAUUGAAUUUUAAUAACAAGAUUUCAACGAUCAUCCAAAAAUCAAAAGAUCUGAACUUGUUCACAAGGUUAUUUCUACCUAUAGAGCAGGUUUGAUCCCAGCAGUAUAUAUUGAUCCUAGAGAAGAAAAAGAUAAAUGA